CGCCCACACAGCCGCUUUCUGUCUGGAAAUCAACAGAUGAAGCAGCUCGCUCUGCUCAGACACUCGUCCGUCUGUCGUGACAGAGUCUGACUCUGAGGAAUCAUCAUCAUCAUGUCUUCAAACUCAAACCUCACGACCAUGAAGCGCACUGUGGAGCAGCUCAAACUCGAAGCCAGCGUGGACAGAAUCAAAGUUUCUCAAGCCGCUGCAGAUCUACAGCAGUACUGUCUCCAGAACGCCAGUAAGGACGCUCUUCUGGUCGGCGUCCCAGCUGCGAGUAACCCGUUCAGAGAGCCGCGCUCAUGUGCCCUGCUCUAGAACACAGGAGAAAGGAGGAAGAUCAAUGGAACACUGGUCUUUUAUAUUAUGCAACAACAUGAAAUGAAACUUCAAUGCAAAUCUGAGAAUACCGAUGCCUUAAAUGUCAUAUUUUGUAUAUUUGUCUCAUUUUUAAAUAUUAAGCUUUUUUGGGGGGAAUGUUAAAUAAUUAUUUGAAACUGAAGCAUUGAUCUUUAUGAAGGAUUUGGAUUUAUCUAGAAUAAAUUAUUAUUAUUAUUAUUAUUUGAAGAAAAACCUUUUUUUUUUGUUGUUGUUCAAAUUAAGUGUGUUAAUUGUGAAAUGUCCAGCCAAUGCAAAAAAACAAACAAAGACAACUAGUAGUCCUAGUAGUCAAUGAUUUAAAAAUGCAAAAUAAAUAUCUAUUUAUUUCUAUAUCUGUCUAUCAAUAAAAAUGCAUGUUCUGUUUCUACACGUGUGUAUUUCAUGCAUGCAUGUCUACAGGAUCAAGAGCAUCAGGUUUAAAGACAGGAAAAGAUGUGCUGAAGAUGAAGGACGUGAUAAACCUGUUGCUCUGGUGAUAAUCAGCUCAAUCUGGGUGGACACAUAACGACAUCUGUGACCCCUCAGGAACGAGUCUGUCUGUCUAUAGUUUUAGGCA